AUGGAGUCGAUCUUUAAGAAGGUCGAAGAAGGGGUUGACGCUGUCUUUGGCAAUGAGAAACACUCUCAUUCCCACUUCGGCUACGAGUGCGAGCACCUUCAUCCCGACGAGGAAACAGUCAAUCGCUAUCACUCCUUUGCCCCUCCUUCAAGCGGGAACGCGAAGUGGUAUGUCGACGGAUGCUCGUACUUCUGGGCCGUUUCGGAAGCUCUCGAACGCAACCCCGAGCUGUAUCUACGCCGCCCGCCAUCCCUGAACGAGAAGUAUCGUCUCGACAACAUGCUCAAGGCAGCCGCCGAGCGUGGAGUGAAGGUCAACGUCAUCGUUUACAGGGAGGUCGAGGCUGCUCUCACCUGUAACUCUCAACAUACCAGAAAGGCAUUGGAAGCCUUGCACCCGAACAUUUCUGUCUUCCGACACCCAGACCACACGCCUACCGGCUAUGAUCUCGUGUCUGAGCUCGGGUCUAGUUUUGCCCACCUCACCAACUUUGAUCUCGCCAAGGCAUCAGAUGAGGCUUUGAAAGCCCUCUAUGGAACUGCUGAUGGCAUGGUUCUGUUUUGGGCUCACCAUGAGAAACUUAUCGUCGUAGAUCGCAAACUGUCGUUCAUGGGUGGCCUGGACCUUUGUUUCGGACGAUGGGAUACUAGUUCUCACCCUAUUGCUGAUGCUCAUCCCGGCAACUUGGAUGCCAUUGUGUUCCCUGGACAGGACUACAACAAUGCUCGGGUGUACGAUUUCCACGACGUCGGAAACUGGGACCAGAACAAACUUGACCGCACCAAGAGCUCAAGAAUGGGAUGGUCAGACGUUGCUCUGAGCAUGACCGGCCCCAUCGUGGACAGUCUUGUGGCUCACUUUGCCGAUAGAUGGAACUUCAUCUGGCAGCAAAAGUACAAAUCCAAAAACCAAGGAAAAUACAAUGUCCUCACUGUGAAAGACAUUAACCAAGAAGAGGACGACUCAACCCUGGAUCACCUCACCAAUAGGUUUAAUCGUGGCAUGAGUAGACUGAUGCACUUUGGAAGUGAUGACAACGAUGAUGAGGGUCGGCCAGCACGCGGCCAAGACGGCCAGACCACUAAAAUCCAGCUCACUCGAAGCUCCUGCAAGUGGUCUUCCGGACACAAGGUUGAGCACUCGAUCGCAAACGCCUACAUCGAAGCCAUCACCAAUGCCGAGCAUUUUGUAUACAUCGAGAACCAGUUCUUCAUCACAGCAACCUGCGACAAGCAGCUCCCCGUAGCCAAUAAGAUCGGCGCCGCAAUGGUUGACCGCAUCAUCCGGGCCAACGAGGAGGGCAAGCCGUUUAGAAUCUGGGUCGUCAUGCCCGCCGUGCCGGCCUUCGCGGGAGAUCUCGAGUCGGAGGGCGCGCUCGGCACCCGCGCCAUCAUGGAGUUCCAGUACUUCUCCAUCAGCCGCGGGGGGAACAGCAUACUCGAGAAGCUGCGCGAGGCCGGCAUCAACCCGGGCGACUACAUCGGCUUCUACAACCUGCGCAACUUUGACCGCAUCAACACCUCCAGGACCAUGCACGACGCCGAGGAGCGCGCCGGCGUCGCGUACGAGGACGCCCGCAAGGGCCACGACGGGCAAGUGGGCGGCGGGUACGAGGACGGCGAGGGCGAGGGCGACCACGCGGACGAGUACAGGAGGUACCAGCGCGAGGCCGGCGCCGUGAAGGACGCGACCCUCGACACCAUCAGCUCCUGCUACAUGGCCAGCGGCGCCCGCGUCUCGGAGCUGCGCUGGGACGGCGCCCCGGAGGACGAGAUCGGCGCCUUCGUCAGCGAGGAGCUCUACGUCCACAGCAAGCUCCUCAUCGCCGACGACCGCCUCGUCAUCUGCGGCUCCGCCAACCUCAACGACCGCUCCCAGCUGGGCACGCACGACUCCGAGAUCGCCGUCGUCAUCGAGGACCCGACCCCCGUCGAGAGCCAGAUGGCCGGCCGCCCCUUCACCGCCUCCGCCUUCGCCGCCUCCCUGCGCAGGCACAUCUUCCGCAAGCACCUCGGCCUCCUCCCGGACCAGCGCUGGGACCGCCCGGACGACAACUGGCGGCCCGUCGACCAGUCGCCCAACCACUACGACUGGGGCUCCAUAUCCGACAGACUCGUCCAGGACCCCCUCCACCCCAACUUCCAGCGCCUCUGGGCCGGGACCGCAAAGGUGAACACCGAGACCUUCAGCAGGGCCUUCCACCCCGUCCCCAACGACCACGUGCGCACGUGGGAGGACUACAAGGAGUUCUUCACCAAGCACUUCAUCAUCCCCGGCGUGGACAAGGAGGGCGAGAAGCCGAACAACGAGGGCAAGGUCGAGUACGGCCACAUCGUGCAGGAGGAGUUCCCGGGCGGCGUGCAGGAGGUCAAGGAGUGGCUCGAUCAGAUCCGGGGGACUCUGGUGGAGAUGCCCCUCGACUUCCUCGUCGACGUCGAUGACAUUGCCAAGGAAGGAUUGGCACUGAACAGCUUGACGGAGGAGUUAUAUACCUGA